AUGCCAGAAAAACAUCGUGUUGCUGGUAAUGCAAACAACGUUAAGGUAGUUGUACGAUGUCGACCAAUGAGUUCAAAAGAAGUAGACCAAAAUCAUAAUGAAAUAGUUAUUGUAAAUGAAAGUUUAGGUACAAUUGAUGUACGUGCAUCUCAGAAUGUAUCAGAUGAUUUAUCAAAAACGUUUACAUUUGAUCAUGUAUUUGGUCCAAAAUCAAAACAAUUGGAUAUCUAUAAUCUUGUUGCAAGACCAAUUGUUGAUGCUGUACUUGAAGGAUACAAUGGAACAAUAUUUGCCUAUGGUCAAACUGGCACGGGUAAAACAUUCACGAUGGAAGGACUAAAAGAUGAUAAUAAAAAUUAUGGAAUUAUUCCUAAUUCAUUUGCACACGUAUUCUUGGAAAUUUCAAAAGCAACGAACGAUGUUGUUUAUUUGGUACGCAUAUCAUAUUUGGAAAUCUACAAUGAAGAAGUCCGUGAUUUGUUAGGAAAAGAUCGUGAAGUACGACUUGAAAUUAAAGAACGUCCAGAUACGGGUAUCUAUGUUAAAGACUUAUCAUUUCAUGCUUGUCAUUCAGCAAGUGAAAUGGAAGCAUUAAUGAGCGAUGGUAGUAGUAAUCGUCAUACGGGUAUGACACGUAUGAACGAACGAAGUAGUCGUUCACAUGCAUUAUUUACAAUAACAAUUGAAUGUAGUGAUACGGGACCUGAUGGUGGAAAACGUAUUCGAGUUGGAAAAUUACAUAUGGUUGAUUUGGCGGGUAGCGAAAGACAAUCAAAAUCUGGAGCUGAAGGACAAUUAUUGAAAGAAGCAACAAAAAUCAAUCUAUCAUUAUCGACACUAGGAAAUGUUAUAUCGGCACUUGUUGAUGGAAAAAGUACACAUAUACCUUAUCGUAAUUCAAAAUUAACACGUCUAUUGCAAGAUUCACUAGGAGGAAAUAGUAAAACAGCAAUGAUUGCCAACAUUGGUCCGGCAGAUUAUAAUUUUGAUGAAACAGUUAGUACAUUAAGAUAUGCUAAUCGUGCAAAAAAUAUUAAAAAUCAUGCACGUAUUAAUGAAGAUCCUAAAGAUGCAUUGUUACGUAAUUAUCAAGAACAAAUAGAAAAAUUACGAAAACAAGUUGAAGAAGGUGGUGUUGAUGGUUCCGAAGAACAGGAUGAAGAAGAGAGUGAUGGAGAAUUAGAUGAAAAUGGUCGAAAAGUACCGAGAAAACGAAAUUUACAUAUAUCACAAGAUCGAAUGAAAGAGAUUGAAAAAGAAAUUCAAAUUGAACGUAGUAAAUUAGAUGGAAAUCUGCAUAUGGCUAGAGCUGACCGUGACAAAAUUGCACGAGCAUUAGCUGAAAAACAAGAAGAAUUGCAAUCAUUAAAAGAACAAGAGGAUUUAAAACAAAAAUUGCAAUAUCUUGAACGUAAAAUAAUUGUGGGUGGUGAGAAUUUAUUAGAAAAAUCGGAAAAACAAGCACAAUUAUUGGAGCAAAGUGAAAAAGAGUUGGAAGCAAAAGCAAAAAAUGAACAGUUAUUAAGAAAAAAAUUAGAAGAAAAAGAGGCUGAAAAACUUGAUAUUGAAGUAAAAUAUCAUAGUUUAAAAGAAGAAGUGGAAGAUUUAACAAGAAAACUGAAAAUAUUUGGAAAAAAGUAUCGUGAAGCAAAACAAGAACUCAUUGAUCUGGAAAAAGAAAAUCAAGAACAACGAAAAGAAUUAGUUGAAGCAAACGCACAAGCAUUCAAAGAACUUCAAAAACAAGAAUUUCUUAUAAACAAUUAUAUUCCAGAUGAAUAUUUUAAAUUACUUCAAGAGAAUGCAACAUGGAAUGAAGAAUGUGGCGAUUGGAGUCUAAAAUGUAUUGCAUAUACGGGAAAUAACAUCAUUAAUAAAGAAAAAACAAAUCGAAAUCAAAACGAUGAUUUGAAUUUGACCCACGUUUAUUUGGCUUAUACAGCAAAAGGAGCCGAACUGGCGAUGCGUGAUGCUAUUGCACAAACAAAACGUGCAAAAGCAAAAGAACGAAAAGAAACGAAGAAAAAAUCAACAAAAGAUGUUAAUGAACAACGUCCUAUGACCAAUUUAUUGUACAUUGUUAUUGCCAUUGUACAAACAAUGGCAUCAUUAAAAAGGAGAAAAAGUUUAGAUGACAGUAGAAGAAACAAUUCGGAAAAGAAGAUAAAAUGGGAUAAUGAUGAUAGGACAACAAUGAUCAAUCAUCGAUCUAUAAACGUUACAUCAUCAAAACCAAUUCAAACAUAUAGUAAAUUAGAAAUGAUGCCAAAUGAAUUAUUUUAUGAAACAUUUCAAUAUCUUUCACCUUGUGAUAUUGUUUAUUCAUUUUAUGGUAUUGGUAAUAGAUUUAAUUUAUUAAUUAAAAAUACUCCAAUGCAUAUUGAUUUCUCAUCUGAAACAAUAACAAUAAAAAAUUUUCAAUAUAAUUGUAAAUCUAUAUUACCAUUGAUUCAUAAUCAUGUUAUCUCAUUAAAAUUAUCAAAUCAAAAUAAAGUGAAUGCAAUUAAAUUAUUUACUAAUCUAUUUGAUAUUGAAAAAUUUGAAAAUUUACAAAUGCUUAUUUUAGUUGAACCAAAAGAUACUGAUAUUCAAUUAAUUGUAUCAAAACUUUCUAAAUUAUUAAAAUUAUCAACAUUAAGAAUAUCAUCAUCCGAUUUUAAUGAUUAUACAUUUGAUUUAUCUAUAUAUAGAACAGUAUUUGAAAUUUCAACAUUAAAACAAUGUCAAUUACCCAUAUUUCAAACAAUAAAUACUUUUGAUAUUGGUCAAAUACAAUCAUAUUCAAUACAAAAUUUAGUAUUAGAUCAUUGUGAUAUUAAUAUAUUUGAUAAAUUACUUUUUGUAAUACCAAAUAUAAAAUCUUUAACAUUUAAUCGUAAUAUACCAUCGAUAAAUGAAUCAACAACAAUAAUAAUAAAAAGUUUAGAAUUAACAUUACCAACAUGUACACAUUUACGAUUAUAUGUUGGUUAUGAACAAUUAGAAUAUGUUGAUCAUUUAUUAAAAAAUGUUUGUAUAAAUUUAGAAAAAUUAACAUUAUGGGUAGAUAAUUUUUGUUGUGAACAGUAUUAUCCAAUUGAAGCAUUUUAUGGAGAAAAAUUUGAAUAUUUAUUAUCAAGAAUAUCAGAAACAUGUAAAAUUGAACUAUUUAUUACUGCUCAUGGUUUUGAGAAUAAUGAUAUUGUUGAAAUUGAUUUAAAUGAAUUAUAUCGAACAUAUCAAACAGAUUUUUGGCAUCAAAGAUAUUUGUAUAUUACAAUUGAUUAUUAUUCAUCAAAAAUUAAUGAAAAUGAUAAUGAUCAAAAUCAUCAACGAGAAGAUGAACCAAAAGAUCGACUAUUUAUUUAUACAACACCGGUUGUGGCAGAUCAAAUAUGGGAUAAUACAAGCUACAAUUGUAAAACAAUACAAACAUUGAAUCCAAAAGAUAGUUACGAUACUGUUAAAAGUUUAUCAAUAUUUGUCAAUGAGAAUAGUAAUGAACAAACUUUACAAGAGAAACGUCAAUAUAAAAAUGUUGAAUAUUUAGAAUUUACUGUAGAACGACCAAUGACUCUUGAUUUUUUAUUUCAACUUAAUGAAUCAAUUCAGUUUAUAAAAUUAAAAGAAGUUGUCUUUUAUAAUGGAUGUUGUGUUAAAUAUUUUCUCUAUGAAUUAUUUAAACGUUCAUCAAAUAUUUGCUCAUUGACACUCUAUGAAAAUAAGGGAUUAUUAUUAAAAAUAAUGAAUUCCAAUGAAUUAUGUUCAAAAAUAAAUCAGACAAUUCGAACAUUAUCUCUUGAUGAUGGAAAUAUGAUGACCAUUGAUUUAAGUCAAAAAUUUGUUCGACAAUUUUCAAAUAUUGAAAUAUUUGAAUGUUCAUUUAAGACAAUUGAUGAACUUAAAUUUGUUUUAUUAUUAUUAUUAGAACAAAUGAAAAAAUUGAUUUAUUUACAUGUACAUUAUUUUCCAGGAGAGAAUGAUCAAUCAACGUUAAAGUCAGAUGAUAUAGCAAUAUGGUUGAAAGAUAAUGCGACAAUGUUUGAAAAUAGACAGUUUGAAAUUGAUACUAAUUACAUAUCGGUUUGGAGCUAA